AUAUGGAACCACCUCGUAGCUGAUUUGGGGCGUACCGAUGACGUUGAGAAUCGAAUGAUCCGGCAGAUUUGCGCGAUUGUCCUGCCCUUGGUGAGCAGCUUGGGCGAUGAGAGCUGUAUACCAGGUGGUGUCUCAGCCGAAGACCGUUCGUAUUUUCCAGAUGAAGAACCGCUCCGGGUCAUCCAUCUGGAAGGCGCCUCAAGCAUGUUGUUGACCGCAGUGGCAAGGGUUCUCAUUGAAGAAAUCCUGGGCUAUCAUGUGUUGGUGGGCACCAGCACCAGUGCAGAACAAGCCUUGUUGGGUUUGGCUGGAUGUGAAUUGACGGGCCGCUCUUCCCUUUCGUGCCAAGAGCGCAGCUUGCACCAUGUGGUUAUCAACACUUUUGGACGGAGCCUACCAGAGAAUCCCACUUUUCAAGAACUACUCCAGAAUGGAGCUCAACAGAGGGUCCAGGUGCAUUCCAUGGGCUUCCUACAAGAGCAGCGGAUUUGGAUCGGAGACUCCUUGAGAAGAUCUGCUUUCGAAGAAAGGCUUCUCCUGUUGGAUCACUUCAGGACCUACAACUCUUCGCGACGAUUGGCUUCGGAGUACUUCAGCAAUGCCUCCGACGUGAAUCGCUCCGAUCUCACUGCCUGCUCCGAGCUCGGUGCUUUCGAUCAGUACCUGGCGCUCACCGGUGACGCGGACGGGGUCGUCUACGCGUCGGGGUCAUCCACUCUUCGCUGUGUCAAUGGGGUGUGGUGGCUGGCGCCGGCGUGUCGUUUGGCACCUAGCGAGUGCAUCCCACUGCUCCUGCGUGCUGAGUGGAAGAUGUUGGCCGUGAUGGUCUCGGCCGCGAAGCACAGCAUGCCUGUGCGUAUCGGACACGUUGAGAGUUGGGAGAGGUUUGUGCACCUCGUGAAGAACGUGCCUGUGCUAUAUUCUAUUGGUGGUAUCCCGAUACAACCUUCAUCGAUCUGGAACCUCAAGAGGUGUUUCUGCCCGGUGCUAUUGCCACGUCAUACGCCAGCAUCGCGGUCACCGCGGCUUUGGAGGUGA